AUGGGAGUCACCCAUGGGAAGAAGAGAGAUCUCCAACAUUCUUCAGGGACACACCUGAAUGGGUCUGCCUCAGUAGUGCAGACACACCAAACUGAACAGCAAGACCGAUGCCCAGAGUUUCGGGUUCCUCCGUCCCAUCUCCCGAGUGAGGAGGAGAGCAGUGAUCUCAUCAAACCCCAGAAACCUCUCAAUCCUUUAUCGGCCUCCAGGAGUCACCAGGAGCUCCACAAAGAACUGCGGAUGACCCACAAGAGGAGAGUGACUCAGGAAGGAAAGACUGAACUCCAGAGAGCUUUAGAGAAGAGGAGAUGGGAACAGAGGACGAAGGCGAGCAGGGAUCAGGAGGAGGCGAAGAAGAACAGAUCACCACUUCAUCAGGAGCUGCUGAAAAGACAUCAGAGGCUAGAAAAGCUGGAGAGAGACAAAGGACAGCAGCAAGAGCGUGACGGGCCAGAGUUCCUCCAAGUUAAAGAGAGACUGAGAAGAACUGCAAUGUUGGAUGCAGGAGGAGAAGUGUGACACUUAUGAUUCGUGAUCGUAUGUGCAUGUUUUCUGUUGAUGGACUGUUGGGGAGAAGUGACUUGAUUAACUGAGCAAAGGCCCAAGAGGCACUAAAGGAGUCACUGGAGGUGUCAUAUAUACAGUAGCUACAUGUAUCAAUACUGAAUAUAUUUUCCCCCAAUGAUGCAAACAGAAUUCACACUGUUUAAUAUGUGUUACCAUUUUGUAGCAUGUUUUUUUAUGUGUCUGUAUGACAUGUCUGCUGCUUACAUACUACGCUACAAAACACACAAUUUUCUAUGUUGUAGUAAAGACUGACAGACUUUUACAAUUUAACAAAGUGUUUUUUGGUAUUCACUUUUCACUGCAUGUCAUUGUUUUUUUUACAGCUGUGCCUGUUUUAUGAUGUUGAGCAGUGGCGAUCAUAGACUCUGGAGGGGCCCAGGUAAAGAAAAGAAAGGCAUGUUUGUGUCAUUGCACUGAUGGUUACACUUCACGUUGUAUAACAGUCACAGAUAGUUAGCUGACUGUUCUAAUAAAUGAUAUCCAGCUGUCAUACAGCUAAAAGGAGACCCACUCUGAAAGUUUUUGGGGCAGAGGCAGUGCAUUAUAUAGUGCCUGUAUGGGAGGUUUAAAGAAUUUGUAGUUGUAAAUAGAAAAUGUGCCAAUAUGACUGGCCAACAGGGGCCCCUUUACAACACAUACUCACUUUAGUCAUGGACAACCAGCGCACCCAGAUACGACUUGCAAGGUACCCUGGGUGCGUUGGUCGCUGACAUUCUGGGUCACCA